AUGUUCGGGUCGCGUCGGGUUCGGGUCGCGUCGGGUUCGGGUCAUCCACGUAAGACCCGAUUCGGUCUCUGUUUGUCAAGAACAAAUAACAACGAUUUACAAACAUGUCUUUCAUCGUCACUGCCAUUGUCAAUACGUACUAUUUAUCCAUGUAACACUUUAACAAAUCAAAAUAGUUCUCGAUAUCAAUGUGAUCACUUCAAUGUUAGUAGACUGUCGAGUAUUCGUGGAGGGCGAAUUUCUCAUUUGCCUGCUGUUAUUGUCUAUGCAACAGAUAGUAGCGAUGCACAAAAUGUAGCGAAAUGCGCAUCAAAAUUAAAUUACAUUGUGAAUCCAUUAAGUGGAGGCCAUAUUGAAUUUAUGAAAGUGCCACUCUCUCAUGCAUUAUUAGCUGAUAAUUAUAGUGUAAUUGGUGGCAUUCUGCAUAUUAAAGGAUUAUAUGAUAAAGCCCUGGAAAUUCGUCAGAUACCAAUGGAAAUACACCGUAAUAAAUCACCGGAUGAUUAUCCGUCGAUAGCACAUAGUUACCAAGCAUCAGCUGAAGAUUCAGUCGUAGCUAACAUUCUAAAAUUAACUGGUGAUGUUUAUCUAGAUCAAGGUUUUAAAUAA